AUCGGGGAUGGUAACACAGCAAGUCUUCUUUAAAAAAAAAUUGUCGUGCUGUCGUGGGUAGCGUUUACACAAUUUAUUUGCCUUGAAUUGAAAUAUUAUUAUAUUUCCUGCUUCAAGUUUCGUCGUGAUGUCAGAACAUGUUUUACCGGCCGAAGAGCCGAUACGUUUCAUAGCACCCGUGAUUCAAGAUAACCCUACAGGAUGGGGACCUUGCGAAAUGCCGGAGCAAUUUCGGGACAUGCCAUACCAGCCUUUCAGUAAAGGCGAUCGCUUGGGAAAAAUAAGUGACUGGACCGUGGUACAGGAUAAGAAGUAUCAAAAUAAGUAUGCAUCCCAAUUCGGCGCUGGUUCGUCAUAUGCAUACUUCCACGACGAAGAUGAGAGUACAUUCCACUUGGUGGACACGACGCGCGUACAAAAGCCGCCGUACCAACGCGGGCGGGCUCGUGGUCAGCGCGGACGCGGUGCUAGGGGAGCGCGCACUCCGGGUGGCAUGACCACUUUGAACAAGCAACGUGAUCGCAAGCUUGGCAAGAGAUGGGGUCAAAGAGGAGCUCCAAUGAAGAUCCGAGAUGCAUCUGUCACCGUGCGACCCACUUGGGUGACUAUUGAAGACAUGGACUUCCCACGUCUUGCUAAAUUAUCUUUACCGGGGAUCAAAGAAGGUGAAGAUAUUGUUUGCUGUGGUACCUUAGAGUACUAUGACAAGGCUUACGACCGUGUCAAUGUGAAGCAUGAGAAGCCUCUGCAGCGUAUUGAUCGUAUUUUCCAUACGGUGACUACCACAGAUGACCCCGUGAUCCGCCGCCUGAGUAAGACUACUGGCACUGUCUAUGCUACCGAUGCUAUAUUGGCCACCAUCAUGUGUUGCACUCGCUCCAACUACUCUUGGGAUAUUGUUAUUGAGAAAAUUGGUGACAAACUGUUCUUCGACAAGCGCGACAACACAGAAUUUGACCUGCUAACCGUGAACGAGACAUCUGUGGAGCCCCCCGCAGACGACGGCAACUCCAUCAACUCUCCGCGGAACCUGGCCUUAGAGGCCACCUUUAUCAACCACAACUUUAGCCAGCAGGUAUUAAAGUCUGGUCAGAACGAGGCCAAGUAUAAGUUCCCGGAGCCGAACCCGUUCGUCUCCGAAGAAGAGGAGGGGGAAGUGGCUUCGGUCGGCUACCGCUACCGCAAGUGGAACCUCAACAAUGGUGUGGUCCUCGUGGCCCGUUGCGAGCACGACGCCGUGAUGCAGGGCCCGCAGAACGAGACCCAGUUCCUCACGAUCAAGGCGCUGAACGAGUGGGACUCCAAGCUGGCCAACGGCGUGGAGUGGCGGCAGAAGCUGGACACGCAGAGGGGCGCCGUGCUGGCCAACGAGCUGAGGAAUAACUCGUGCAAGCUCGCUAAGUGGACUGUGCAGGCGCUCCUGGCCGGCUCUGACCAGAUCAAGUUCGGCUACGUGUCCCGCACCCAAGUGCGCGACAAUUCGCGCCACGUGAUUCUCGGUACGCAGCAAUUCAAGCCGCACGAGUUCGCGGCUCAAAUCAACUUGUCCAUGGACAACGCGUGGGGAAUACUGCGAUGCGUCAUCGACUUCUGUAUGACACAGAAGGACGGUAAGUAUCUCAUUAUGAAGGACCCUAACAAGCCCUUGAUCCGUCUUUACGACAUCCCCGAUAACACGUUCGAGUCGGAUGCUUCCGAAGAAAGUGGAGACGAACAAGCAGACACGCCAUUCGCGCCGCUGUACUCUUACGGGAACGCAAAAAGAAUUUAAUCGCAUCAUACAUUGCGUAGCAAAUCUUGUAAAGGGUUAAAUAUGAAUAAAAUAAUGUAUCGUCA